AUGGAUGCUUUAAUUCCUCACCCCCUCUUCCCCUAUAUCCUCACUAGCUCAAGUGUGCAUCGGUCUCUUGUGGUUCAUCAGUGCCUGUACAGGCAAAGGUGGUUGAAUCCAACAACUUGGGCUAUUGGGGUGUCUGGAAGUAGUAGCCUUGGAGCAGCUGGGGACCUUUUUGGUGAUGCUAAUAAUCUGAAGGGAAUUGAUCAAAAUGGUUCUUUGUUGGGUGGCUUGGAUGAGGCUGCUUCAGCAGUGCCAUUUGGGACGUUGGAUGCUGAGAUCACACCAGAGACCAUUGAUUUCUUUGUUAGUGAUGCUGAGGGCGACCCCGAUUGCCCAUCCGAGGGCUACUCAUCCAUAGAGCAGGCUCUUAACACAUUACGCCAAGGAAAGUUUGUGAUUGUUGUAGAUGAUGAAAAUGGGGAAGUGGAAGGAAACUUAGUCAUGGCAGCAUCAUUCACAAGUCCGAAAGACGUAGCAUUCCUGAUCAAGCAAGGGUCUGGGAUUGUCUCUGUAGGCAUGAAAGAGGAGGAUCUUGAAAGAUUGAAGCUUCCUCUGAUGUCACCAGAGACUGAGGAAGAAGACUCAUCCGCCCCCACAUUCACAAUCACAGUGCCACAAGACUUUAGAAGGCCUGGCCAUGUGUUUCCUCUCAAGUACCGAAAUGGCGGCAUUCUAAGGAGAGCCGGCCACACUGAGGCUUCGGUUGAUCUGGUUGUUCUGGCAGGCUUGAGGCCAGUGUCUGUUCUCUCAGCUGUAGUUGAUGCAGAAGAUGGCUCCAUGGCCUCUUUGCCCAAUUUAAGAAAACUCUCAUUGGACCACUCCAUUCCAAUUGUCUCCAUAACUGAUUUGAUCAGGUACAGGAGAAAGAGGGAAAAAUUGGUUGAAAGAAAAGCAGUUUCUCGUUUACCUACAAAGUGGGGAUUGUUUCAGGCUUAUUGCUACAACUCUAAGCUAGAUGGAACAGAACAUGUUGCUGUUGUGAAGGGAAGCAUUGGGAACGGAGAAGAUGUGCUGGUAAGAGUUCAUUCCGAGUGUUUGACAGGGGACAUAUUCGGAUCAGCCCGGUGUGAUUGCGGCAACCAGUUGGACUUGGCAAUGCAGUUAAUUGAGCAAGCCGGUCGGGGAGUUGUUGUUUACCUUAGAGGUCAUGAAGGAAGAGGCAUUGGCCUUGGCCACAAACUUCAAGCCUAUAAUCUGCAGGACCAAGGCCAUGACACAGUCCAGGCCAAUAUAGAACUUGGACUAUCUGUUGAUUCUCGCGAAUACGGGAUCGGUGCUCAGAUUCUGAGAGACAUUGGGGUUCGAACAAUGAGACUAAUGACGAACAACCCUGCAAAGUUCACUGGACUAAAGGGAUACGGGUUGGCUGUGGUUGGGAGGGUUCCAGUGUUGACACCAAUUACAGAGGAAAACAAGACCUACUUGGAAACAAAACGAACCAAGAUGGGUCAUGUUUAUGGUUCUGAUAUUCAAGGGCUUUUGUUGAUGCUCUUUUUCGGAGAGGGUCAACUUAGAGAUAGAGGUUUGUCUUUAGCAAGAGAAGGGCCUGGGCCUUCAGUAAAAGGCUAG